UGGUGAUUGGCGGUCUUCCCCGACAAUUGGUUCCACGGUGCGGUCAACAUGCACAGCUACACGGGCUUCGUGAGUACAUUCGUGGAGCAAGACAGUGGCGCAGACUUCGUAUCUCUGACGUAGUAGCCACGAAAAAAAGCAGUUCUCCACAUCGACAUCAGCCAUGGUCUGUCAGCUUGCCCCUUCUCUUCGGGGUCUCAUGCUGUGGUCUCGACGAGGACGGCCAAGUCUCGAUUGGCAAGGCAAGGAAUGUCAACACUGCGCCAGCGAGGGCGAGGCUCUUUCGGCGAAGCUGCAUGCGAACGAACUUAGAUCAGACACGCAUACCGAGCCUCAUUCGCCUGGCCGUACGCAGGCACGCGAGGGCAUGCAAUCGGCACAGGUGCACCUCGGGGCAUACAUGGCAGCGUCUCUCUCCC